AUGGGAAUUGUAUGUUGUUCAAACUAGGAUAUAAGUAGGUUAAAGAUUGAAGGAGAAAUUGGAUUGAUACCAACAGAGGAGAUAUCUUUAGAUGAAACAAAAAUAAUAAAAAUUUAAACAAAUGUUAGACGUAAAUGUUUUAAUAUAUUCAGGUUAUUUGUUAAAACCUAAAAAUUUAGAUAAGCAGGUUUAGAUUGGUAUAACAAAAAAUCAUUUAGAAUCAAAUAUUACUUAAUAAAUUGUCUCAGUUAUAGAAAUGAUACCAAAUGAUGCAGAGAAAAUAGAGUGGCCUGAAAAUUUAGUUUUAAAAGUUGAAAAUAAAUUGAAAGAAUUGGCACCACUUUAAAAGACGAAUUAUGCUUGUUAUUUAAUGAAUGAUGGAUGCUAUUAUUAAGGAUAAUUUAAAUAGUUACUAAAAGAAGGAUUUGGUAGGUAGAUAAAUACUGAUGGCUCUUUUUAUGAAGGAGGAUUUAGAAAUAAUUAAAAAUCAGGGAAGGGAAGAUAAAUAGGUUGUGAUGGAAGUUUGUAAUUAAUAAGAUUAUAUCUAGAUUUGAAGGAAACUUUGAAGAGGAUGAAUUUUGUGGUUAUGGAGAGUUUAAUGAUUAAAAUGGGUUUGUGUAUAAAGGUGAAUGGAAGAAUUCAUUAUUUCAUGGAGAAGGUUAUGAAAUUAAUAAACAUUUCUAAUAUAAAGGUGGAUAUAAAUUUGGAUAUAAAUAAGGAUACGGUGAAAUGACAUAUUAAGAUGGAAGCAAAUAUAUGGGUGAAUUUUAGAAAAAUAAAUUUGAGGGAUUUGGUAUCUUUGUAUAUGAAAAUGGAAGUAAAGUAAUAAAUAUAUCUAAUUUAGUAUGAAGGUUAUUGGUCAAAUAAUUAAAUGCAUGGAAAAGGUACAUAUACUUGGCCUGAUGGACGUGAAUAUGAUGGAAAUGUAAUGUUUAAACAAAUCAAUUAAUUUUAGUAUCACUAUGACAUGAAGGAAGGAUUUGGAGUGUUUAAAUUUAAAAAUGGAAGUAGUUAUAGAGGAAUGUGGAAAUAGGGAAAACAGCAUGGUCAUGGAAUGAUGGUAUCUGAACUUGGAGAUUAAAAAUAAGGUGAAUGGAUUGAAGGAAGAAGGAUUAAAUGGAAAUGA